AUGGCUAUUCGUCAUGUUAAGAGAAGGUACAGUGAAUCAUCAGAAAGUUCGAGUUCAGAUGAAUCUGUUGUUGAUUCCACUGAAAUAAGCGUUGAUAUUAAUGAUGAUGAUGCUGUUAAACCAGAUAAUGAAGAGAGUCAGCUUGAAGGUGAACGGGAUAUGGCGACUAAUGAUGGUAUGGAGAAUAAUGGGUGUUCUGAUUUGAGUUCCGAUUCAGAAGAUAGUAGUUCAGAGGAAUCUGAUGAAGAGCCAGUUUUUCAACGACCCAUUUUCAUUAAAAGGAACCAACUAGCUGAGGUUACUGAUUCAAAUAAUCAAGGCAACGUGCUAAGAAGGAUUGAACAUGAAAAUAAAGUGGUUGAACAGAAUGAAGAGGCGAAGAAACAAAUAGCAACGAAUUAUACCACAGAUAAAGAAAUUUUAAUGAAAGCCAUGAGCUUAAAUGAUAAUGAUUUGAUUGAUCCAGAAGGUGAAAGGCUGAGAUGGUUAGAAAGACAAAAAAUAAGGAAAGAAAAAUAUAGAAAGAAGUUAAUAGAUAAGCAGUUAGAACUAGAAGAGUAUGAAGCCAAUAAGUUGUUAAAUAGAGAUAUUGACAAACUGGAAGAAAAUACUACGACGACAACAGGGGAGAAAGACAUUCCGAUCAAGAAAUCAAAUAGGAUAAAUAACAAUAAGGGUGAUAAUGAAUUUAAACCUAAACGAGUUGUUAAUGUAACGUUCAAAUCAUUAGAUGACAAUGAGACUUCAGCAGUUGCCAAUGAAGACAGUGAAUAUUCCAUACUAUGA